AUGAAUGGCCAGGAACUUUUGCUCCAAGCUGGUGCAAAAGUUGGUUCGGCGCAACGCAGCAGAGUGUUUGUUCUUCAUUUGGAGUGGGCAAUGUUGAAAUCCCCAUGCCAAGCAGUUUAUCAAAGGUCCGCUUUCACUACAAGUGGCUGGCGUCGUUGCAUGGUAUUUUCUUCCCACUUUGCUUCGUCCUGCAUCACCCGACGAAUGUUGAAGGCAGACAGCACGAAAGAACAUGAUGCCCCAUUGGCGCCACUAGCGGCUAUGCAGUCCCAGCUCAGUACACCAUGGUGUCCUGCCAGCCUCUAA